AUGGGCAGGGAAUAAAUGAGUAAGGAUUAGAAAAAUGUGAAGAUUCUAAUGAUAUUUUUUAUGAUGGUUGUUAUUAGUGCAUAUUUUAAUAUGUAAUUCAUUGUUACAAAUUUAUUCAAGGUAUCUGUUUAAAAAUGUUUAGAAGGAUUUGAUUUAAUAAUUGAGAGGGAUGCUUUAAAAUAAUUUAUGCAAAUGAAGUUGAUGAUUUAGAAUAAGAAGAUAAAAAAUCAUAUUGUGGGGAUGAAAUUAAUCAAAUUCAGAAUAAUGUGAUGAUGGAACUCAAAAAAAUUUUGAUAGUUGUUCAGAAAAUUGUAAAAUAGAGGAAAAUUAUAGUUGCAAUUUUAAAUAAUCCAGUAUCUGCUAUUUAAAAACUAAAUUUUCAUUAGAAUAUUAAAAUCAAACAUAAGAACACUAAUUUGUUUAAUUGUUAUUCUCUAAUCAAGUAAAUAGGUAUAGAUUACAAUUUUACUUAAUCAAUCUAACCAAAAAUAAUCAAUUUAAAUUAAGAUUGAUAUCAAAUAUCAAUUUAUCCAGUAUGAUUAGUAUUAACAUUUUUAUUUACUUUACCAACCUAAAGUAUUAAGUUAGGACUAAAUUAAUGUUGCAAGUAGUUUUGAAAACUUUGGAAAUGUAUUAAUGAUUGGCUUAGGAACUAUUAGUAUAUUGAUAUUACUUUUUGGAGAUCCAUUAAGAAGGAUAGAAAUCUUUGACAUUUUACAAUUUUAAGCGUUUUUAAAAUUAGAAUCGUUAAUAAUUCAUCUGUUUUUAUAUAUUUUAAAUUUCAAGUAUAAAAGUAUAAAUUUAGUUUUUCCUUAAAAUCUAUAUAUAUAUUCUCAUUCUUCUGACUUUGUAUCAUUGAUAAUUUUAACUUUACUUUAACAAUAAAUCUAAUUCUAAUAACCUUUAAAAUAACUAAUAUUCUUAAUACCAUAAUUUAUGAUAACUUUAUUUAAAGCAUAGGUUAGCUUUAGGAAUAUUUAGUUAAUGCUGAUCUGUUUAUAAAUUUUUCAGGGUAAAUUUCCUAAGUGUACUUAAUCAUUUUUGUAUAUACUUUUAUCAUUUUAUACAAGAUCCUUUAACAAUAAUUGUUUAAACUCUAAAAUUUUUAUAUAUUAUUAGAUCAAAUAAAUCCAAAUGCUUAUAAACUUUAGAAAUUAAACUAUAUAAAUUAAAUAAAAAAUUCAUCUAUCUAAGGAAACUCUAUAUUAUGAGAGCAUUUAAACAAAUUCCUUAUGCAAACACCUGGGAUUUUUUAUUCAAAGUUAUUUUAUUUAUUACAUCAAAUACUUAAUCAGAAUAUCGACAAAUCAUAUCUUAAUGUAUUUGUCUGGUUGUUUUAAGGUAGUUUUUUUUUUGUUAUUAUUGCAUUUCAAAGGAUUAAAGAAAAAUCUUGAUAUUUCUAAACUUAGAAAGCAUGAAGGCAUAUGCUAAUUAAACAAAAAAUUAUUCAUCUAAUAUCAAUUGGUUUGCAAAAAAGCGAUAUAUUGUAAUGUUAGAUGA